AUGGCCAUCCCUAACGACGAAGAGGCUCAGCCUCUUCAACACCCACAAUCAUCAGGAACCAACCUUAGACGAGUAUCUGCGACGUCGAGAACACCUCCUUCGUUGAGGUCAAUGGAGUCAUUCCCUGAGGAAAGUACAGAGCCAAAGACAAUGCAGCCAACAGAUGACCUGGAAGAAGGGUACAAUGAUAAUUACCCCAAAGAUUAUAUGCCGCAAACGGGCGACGAACUUUCAGGGCAUGAGAUAAACCCAGAGUUAUCGCGUGUCUUAUCCAGAAGAGUGACCAACAGAGAUGAAUUGAUUGCAAAAGCGCAGUCUUCUGGUGAACCAAUGCCAACCAUGGGUGGAGGUAAACUGCUCCCACCAAUGUUGCCUGAUCGAGAACCAUAUUGUGUUGCUUACGAAGAAAACGACCCUAGUCACCCGCACAAUUUUCCAUUGCACAAAAAGAUUGCAUUUUGUAUUUGUGUUGGGCUGUCAGCACUCAGUGUUUCCAUCGGUUCCGCUAUGUUCUCGUCUGCAAGCAGGGAAGUGAUGGAGAUUUUCCAUAUAGGCACUUCGGUUGCGGCAUUGGGCACAGCAUUGUUUGUGUUUGGAUUUGCUGCGGGCCCCAUUAUAUAUGGUCCCUUAUCAGAGUUGUUUGGCAGGAAAUAUGUGAUGGUGAUUUCCAAUUUGGGAUAUGUGUGUUUCCUCUUUGGUGUUGCCACUGCAAAGGAUAUACAGACUGUGAUGUUGUGUAGAUUCUUUGCUGGUUUCAUUGGCUCUGCUCCCUUGGUGGUUGCACCUGCAACAAUGGUUGAUUUGUUUUCGGCAAGAAUGAGAGGUACUGCCAUUGCCAUGUUUGCCAGUGUUUUGUUUGGUGGACCAAUGUUGGCUCCAAUCUUGGGUGGUUUUACAGUGAAAAAUAGUGCAUUGGGGUGGAGAUGGACCUCGUACUUUUCUGCAUUCAUUGGUUGUUUGGCCCUUAUAUUGGAUACGUUUGUUUUGCAAGAGACACACCAUCCGGUGAUUCUUAUUCGCAAAGCUGAAACAUUGAGAAGAAGGACGGGUAAUUGGGGGAUUUUUGCUCCGCACGAGGAGGUGACUUUGGAUCUCCAGGAGAUUGUCAAGAACAAUAUUGGUAGGCCUGUCAAGAUGCUAUUCACGGAGCCGAUUAUUCUUCUUGUGAGUAUUUACAAUGCAUUUAUCUAUGGUAUGCUUUAUAUGUUUCUUACUGCGGUGCCCAUGAUUUUCCAAGGUCGGUAUGGGUGGAGUGGUGGUGUUGGCGAAUUGCCAUAUCUUUCAAUGUUGCUUGGUAUCUUCUCUGGCGGUGCCGUGAUUAUUUGGUUUGAAAGACACUUGAACUAUCUUGCCGAUACCAAAGGACGUGUUUCGACCCCGGAGGAUAGAUUGCCACCGGUGAUGAUUGGUGGGUUUUCGUUUGUGAUUGGUAUAUUCUGGCUUGGUUGGACGGGUGACUAUCCGCUGAUCCAUUGGAUUUGUCCCACCAUUGGCGCAUUCUUUGUUGGUAAUGGUUUGAUGUCGAUAUUCUUGCCUACAAUCAAUUACAUCAUUGAUUGUUAUGUGAUGGUUGCUGCCUCGGCUUUGGCUGCCAACACAUUCAUUAGAUCUGCUUUUGGUGCUGCGUUCCCCAUCUUUGCCACGCAAAUGUUUAGAAACUUGUCGAUCAAGUGGGCGUCGACGUUGGUUGGAUGUUUGGGUGCAUUGAUGAUCCCCGUGCCCUUCCUUUUCUACAAGUUUGGUGCUAGAAUCAGAAAGACGUCUAAAUAUACAAUGAACUAG